AUGGCGACGACCGAGGACGAAGCGCGAACGCUUUUGGAACGUUUUCGCACGCACCUUGAAACGUUAAAGAGGGCUUCGCUUCGGGAUGCCGUAGAACAGGCACCGGAAAACUGUCAAGAUAGUUCUCGGAAGGACGUUUCGCGUGAUGGCGUCGAGUCGAUACCAGCGGUUGCACAGUGGCCUGACGGUGUAAAGUGCGCGCACGAGCUGCACAUGCUUGCCGUAUUGCACCAGCAGCUUGCGGAACACUUCUACUCGAGCCUGAGUCGUCUUAGGGAUACUCUAGGCAGAGUUGAGCUGCUCCAGCUUGAGCGAUCCGCACUUGAGUACCAAAUAGAGCGCUUCAGGGAGCGGCGGCUGUAUGUGGAGAGCCAACGCGCGGCCGCGAAAACCAUCCAGAUCUUAGGCGGCAGCGGGGCGAAGCCGGAAAACGCAGCUGUUCUGAAAGAGGAGUUGCAAGCGGAGCUAGCGUCUCGUGAAAAACUGGCGGCCGAGCUCGCGGAGCUUGGUCUACAGAUCGAAGAAGCGAGGAGGCGCCAGAUAACUGACGAGCAGCGGAUCCAGGCCUGUGUCCCUGCCCAUGCGGAACUCGAACGUCUCGUGCAAGCUCUUUGCAGAAGCCUAACUGCUGAGCAUUCCGAUGAGGUGGCUGAAAUUUCCACUGGAAUGGAGCUUGGUUGUGCGAACGAGAAGUCUCAAGGCUAG